AUGGGCUGGAAGGUCUCCUGUGAGGACAACCAGAACAAGGCUGAAAUUUUAGGCAUCUGUGAAGUCUUCGGUCAAGGUGUGGUCCAUGCAUCUCAAAUGCUGAAGGACUAUCUCAGUUUCAUGGAUCCUCAGAGCAAAUUCCAUCCAGCCACGGACAUGCUGAGAGAGAUCUUUUUGGUCGACUUCGUCAGCUUCUGUGAAAAGGGAGUGGAGGAAUGUAUCAUCACCAGCAAAAUGACCAAGCAGCAGACCUCCCUGUUCGGGGUGGACUGGAUCUGGACUCUCUCUGGAGCUGACAAGCAAAUCAAACUUCAGAUCACCGUGCAGGCUUCACAGCCAGCUGAGCUUUUCCAUAGCAAAGGUGGCCCCACUGACGUGGCAGAGGACUGCUGCUGGGAAGCUGCCCUGGCAGAUGAGAACUUCCGAAACAGGAGCAGGUUUGAGAAGCCAGCGGAGUUCUGCCGCCUGGUGGGUCAGAACUGCCUGGGCUUGUUCAUCGUGUUUGGUGUGCGAGGGAAGCCAAAGGACAGCUGAGGAGUCAUGCUAGACAGUAUUGCCAAGGAGGAGCAAAAAUGCCAGCAAUUUGUCACCAGGACUGACAGCUUCCUGCCCGCAAAAGACAUGUUCGACUGCCUCAGCGCAAAAAACAGGCUGAAGGAGGUGGGCAAUGUGCACAUAAGCUUUCUGUAA